UGGUGUAGGCGACUUUUAAAAAGCGUCGGCAGUCCGUGAUAUGACGACUUCGCUGGUCUUGCAUCCACGCUGGGCGGACACCUUGAUGUACGUGUAUGAAAAAAGCCCGAAUGAAAAUAAUCCAAAUAAAAGCCAAGCCAUGGAGGGACUAAGCGGGAACUGCCCCGCUAGCCACUGCAGGGAUCUGAUCUCACACCCAGUGCUGGGACGGCAUUCUGGCAGCAUAACGACACACCAGGGCUCAGUGUACUCGGAUAUAUCUUCUCCGGACGCCGGUCGACAGUGUCCCGCUCCCCAGUCUUCAUCUAGCGCCACUCUGGGAUACGGUUACCCGUUUGGAAGCCCUUAUUAUGGGUGCAGGUUGUCCCACUCACACAACAUGAACUUGCAACAGAAGCCGUGCUCUUAUCACCCGUCAGAGAAAUACACGGAGCCUAGCAACACGCUGCCCACGGAAGAACUGUCCAGCAGAGCCAAAGAGUUCGCGUUUUACCCCAGUUUCGCCAGCUCUUACCAGACUGUCCCAGGUUAUUUGGACGUGUCCGUGGUACCUAGUAUUAGUGCACAUCCGGAACCGAGGCACGAGACAUUGAUUCCCGUGGAAGGCUACCAGCACUGGGCUCUUUCCAAUGGCUGGGAUGGGCAGGUGUACUGUUCCAAGGAGCAAACACAGUCUGCUCAUCUCUGGAAGUCGCCAUUUCCAGAUGUGGUUCCGUUGCAACCUGAAGUCAACAGUUACCGUCGAGGUCGCAAGAAACGGGUUCCGUACACCAAGCUCCAACUUAAGGAGUUGGAGAAAGAGUACGCAGCCAGCAAGUUCAUCACCAAAGACAAGAGACGGCGCAUCUCGGCCACAACUAACCUCUCCGAGCGCCAGGUUACAAUCUGGUUCCAAAACCGUCGGGUCAAAGAGAAGAAAUUUGUCUGCAAAUCUAAGAGCAAUGCGCAUAUACAUACUACUUGAUAUGUUUCCGCUCUGCUCACCUCACAUCCUCACAACCAAGAAGGCAGAGUCAUGCCUGAUGAGUGCCGGUUAUAUACAAACACCUGAACACCUAUCCAUGCUGGUUUGCUAUUUCUGGAAAGUUAAUAACCUCCAAUCCACAUCAUCCACAUUGGCUUUGGAAAAAAUACGAAUCUUAAAGACACAAACACUGAACCUGGUUCGUACUUGUCUCAUGUUUUAAGAUUGAGAAUGUUUUCGUGAGUUUGGUAUCUUAUUGCACAGCUUAUCUGUGGAAUAUGCUUUUUCACGUCCGCCAGUUGAGAAAAUAGGCUAUUGUCCUCUCUCAGACCUUGCUCUCACUUCCGAAGAAAACAUUCUGAGAUUCAGUUCUUUUAAUUUUACUUUCUAAAGGAGAAGUAAGGACGGCAAACUAUAUACAAUAUGAUGAAUCCACAGCUCUAAACGAGAAAUGUAUGAACUGCAUUGCAUGAUUUCAUAUACGCUUACAAAAUGGACACUGAUUUCUGGGUUAUCGAUUUCUUUUUAUCCCUAACAAUAAUCUUGAUCAACCAUAUUUGGACGAGGGACAUGAAAACUCAGAAAUCUCUCGUUUGAUUUACGGCUUACUCCUUUUGGUGUUUAGGAUAUAAGCAAGGCUGCUAAUGUUAAAAUGUACAGUGCAUUUAUUAUUUAAUGAAUAUUCUCUCGUAUGACAGUUGUAAAUUGGAAUGUUUAGUUUUUUGUCAGUGAAGGAUAUGUCUCCGCCAUGCAACUGGAAUGAUUGUAAUCAGUUAAAGAAAGUUAAGUAUUACAUAUUAAUGCACAAUUGUCCUUCUUGUUUUGUUUGUAAAGUUCAUGUAGGCCUUAAUGCUUUGAGCUGUGCAUUCGCAUUGUAAGCAUUUGGGGCCUUUGUGCAGGUUGUGAACUGUG